AUGGGCGGCUCAAGAGGAAAAUCUCACGGAUGCGGGACCUGCCGGGCCCGAAAGAUCGCGUGCGGACGCGAAAGACCAAGCUGCACACAGUGCAUCAAGGCUCGCCGAUUCUGCACCGGCUACCACCGCGAGGUGGGCUUUAUCCUGGUUCAACCAGGCACAAAGGCAUCUCGCAGAGACGCGAAUGUCCACGCGACUCCCGAGACAGGGCCGAGUUUCGACAUUAUCCGGAGUAGCCAUAUGCGCCAGUCAUUUCUGGAGCAGUUUGUCGGUCGCUGUCUUCCACAUCCUCAUCUCAUCAACGCGCCGAAAAAACCCUGGCUGCUUCUCCUGCCGAACCUGCCCAUGAGGACGAAGGCGCUGGAGUUUUCAGCCCUGGCCCUUUCCUGUGCGGGCUUGGGCCGGAAAGCCAAGGACCAAUCUCUGCUCCACCAGAGUUUGAGGUCAUACACAAGGGGGCUCCGCGAGCUCCAAGCAGCGCUAUGGGAUCAGAGGCUGAUGCACGAUGAUGAAACGCUGGCGGCGUGUCUGGUUCUGAGUCUGUAUGAGGUCAUAGAGUGUCCGGAUAGGGGAUGCGCGGCGUAUAUCAGCCAUUGCAAGGGAUUCGUCUCCUUGAUCAAGGCCCGGGGGAUGGAUGCGCAUACGGCUGGGAUCGGUCAUGAAUUGUUUCUGGGAGUGAGAUUUCCGGGGAUCCUCGACGCUCUUGGUCAUCGCGUGCCGAACUAUCUAUGCGACCGCGCGUGGUGCUUGAAUCCAUGGUCAACAAGAUCGAAGAAAAGCGUGGAUCGUAUCGCGGACUGUCUUGCUGGGGUCCCGUUCAUUCUCCAACGGCUUGAUCGCCUAGAUUCUCUAGAUCAGAUGGAGAACGUCGCUAUGACCCGCCAACUGAUCGAGGAGGCCUACGCAAUUGAUCGAGCCCUACAAGACGUCUACAGCAACUUCCAGCUUGAAGUACCGGGUCUUUCCUACUGGCCAGUGCUCUCUCAAAGUUUUACCGGCAAUGAGACGAAUGGGGCGGUGUUUCCGGUUGUCUACCACUUCCCUAAUCUGAAGACUGCCUCUUUCUUGAUGCUAUACUGGGCCUCCAGAGCGCUGCUGUGGUCUUGCAUCAGCAACUUGAACGACAUCAUCCGAAAGCAGACGACACAAUUCACGAUCGAUGCAGAUCAGCUGUCCCUGGAUGGCCACAAGACUUAUACAACCAUGGCGCGGAAUGUCUGCCAGUCGUUGGAGUACUGCCUGCAGGAAGAAUUGUCACUCCUCGGAAUGUUCGUAGCCUCUACCCCCAUUGCCAUUGUCACACGGGCGGUCCAGAAUCGCACUGAAGAGCGGGACGCAAUCUGGUUGAUCUAUAUACAGGAGAAGAUGCGUCAGGGACUGCAAUUAUGGCAAUAUAUUUGA